CAGUUAUUUUCUGUCUUUCACACACAACACACCUUACACACACACACACACACACACACACACACAUACACAACACCUUCUUGUAUGAACCGCCAUUAUCAUAUAGAGUAACAAACAAUAAAUCUUGUGUUGUGUACUACUACUAAACCAGUACAACUUUAGAUGCCAAAUUAACCUAAAAGACAAGAAAAAAAUACCACACCAUUUUCAUUCAUUCAUAUUCAUAAAAAUAAAGUUUCCUAUGGCACCUACAACUUCAAACCAACAUCAUCCCACCAGAAGAAAGCUUACCGCCACCUUUAGACGACGUCGUUUUAAAGAAACCACUAUUUCCGCCACCGCCACUUCCCACCACAAUCCUGCGGCCGUUUCACCGGAAAAUACUUCCUGGUGCUGCCCUCCCGCUGUAUCUUCCUACAAAUCUUCGCCAUCACCGCCGCCGCCGUUGUCACUAACCGCCACUAACCCACCACUCACUUCAAUUCCGUCGGCGCCGGAAUCUUUGAGCGAAAAGCUUCAAACUUUACAGCUGGGUUCAAAUCUUAAUAGAAAUCCAUCCAUACCCACAAUGUCAACCGCCACUACCACCGCCGUCGCCGCCAUGUACAGAAACGACGGUAACUAUCAAGAAACGUUACCAUCUUCAUUUACCCAAUUCAACACCGCCCUGACCGCCGGACUUUUAAAUACGGGAUCGUCUCCGCCGCCAGCAACCUAUAAAACAACCCGAUCCAGCCCGACCCUCUUUGAAAUGAUGGCUAAUGAACCGGAUUCAAGGAUCCCCAACAAUGUCCUUAAAAGCCCCUCAGAUGGUGGUCAAGUGAUCCCACAAUUGAUGGUUGUUGACAAGCAAUCUAUGAUGCAAAAAAGGUUGUCGGAUAUGUUAUCAUGUGGGAGCCCCGGAAACGAGUUUAAUGACCCGAGUUCGAGUGAUGUGAAGCUCACUUUGAGCUCGAAAGACGGGUUGAGUGUUUGUGUAAGUGUUCAUAGGCAAAUCUUAGCAGCUCAUAGUAGAUUUUUUGCAGAUAAAUUGUCGGAUUUUAGAAAAAAAGUAAUUGGACAACAAUUAAGAGGUUUGAUUGACAAUAUUAAUCCUUACCUUGUUGAAAUUGCUGAUUGUGAUGAUAUUGAGGUUUAUGUUGAGUCGAUUAGGUUGAUGUAUUGUAAAGAUUUAAGGAUGAAACUCAUGAAAGAUGAUGUUCCUCGGGUUCUUGGUAUCCUAAAGGUGUCAGCAGCAAUCGGGUUUGAUGCUGGGGUCUUAGCUUGUUUGGAGUAUUUAGAAGCCGCUCCAUGGGCUGAGGAUGAGGAAGAAAAGGUUGCUUCUUUAUUAUCCGAGCUUCAACUUGAAGGUGAUGGCGCCGUUGAAGUUUUAAAAAGGGUUUCAGUUGAUAUUACACCCGGGGAUGAGGAAAGUCAUGACAACCAAGAAGUACUUCUUAAACUUUUAUAUGUUGUUCUUGAAGGUAAAGAUGAAAAAGCCAGAAGAGAUAUGAAAAUUUUGAUCUCAAAAAUGCUUCAUGAAAACUUAUCUAAAAUUGAUUUAAAGAAAGAAUCUUUGUACUCUGCUUGUGACAAAUGUUUACAUUUGUUAAAACACCAUUUCUUGAAAGCUUCAGAAGGAGACCUCCAAGAUGUGGCUCAAAUCUCACGACAAUCAGGUAAUUUACAUUGGCUUCUUGACAUUUUAAUCGAUAGGCAAAUUUCUGAGGAUUUCUUGAAGUUAUGGGCAUCCCAAACCAAAUUAUCAGAAGUUCAUUCAAAAGUGCCUGCCCUAUAUAGAUAUGAAAUCAGUAAAGUAACAGCGCGACUCUUUGUUGGUAUUGGAAAAGGUCAACUUUUGGCUUCAAAAGAGUCAAGAUGCUUGCUUUUACAAACAUGGUUGGCCCCUUUUUAUGAUGACUUCACUUGGAUGAGAAGAGGGUCAAGAAAUCUAGAUCGUAAUUUAAUUGAAGAAGGGCUGAGCAAUACUAUUUUGACUUUGCCACUUGAUUGGCAGCAAGAAAUCUUGAUGUCUUGGUUUGAUCGGUUUUUGAAUUCGGGUGAUGAUUGUCCAAAUAUACAGAGAGGGUUUGAAAUUUGGUGGAAAAGGGCGUUUCGGAGAAAGCCUGAAAUGCAUAGAGAGUUUCAAAUUACAAAGACAAAUGGUGGAAACUCAUGAGAUUCGAGUAUCAUGGCUCCCCACUGUUCUUGAUAACGGUGCGUUUGUUUCAUCUUCUUUUUUGUUCAUAUAGGAAGGGUAUAUGAAAAUUUGAAUUUUCUAACUUAAGUUUACAUCGGAUAACAAGUUUUAUUUAUAAAGAAGGUAGUCACUCAACUUUAUUCGUCAUCGGAUUAUUGCCAACUUCAGUGUUCAUAGUGGUUGGAUAAUGACCCUUGAUAUCAAUAACAAUACCAGUAUGGUUCAAAAUUUGUGCAUGACCUUUGUAGUUGAAAUGAUUUGGAGCAUUUAAUGGGUAUUUCUUAUCCUCUGUUAUAUAGUUUAACUAAUGUUUGUAUUUGCUCACCUUUUAUCAAAGUGUUUUCAUGUAAAGGGUGGCUUUGUAUCUUGUCAUUUGGGAUUUAUAAACCAUUAGGGUGUCACUGAUUUUGAGAUAUCCAAGUGAUGACAUCUGGUGUUGGGGUAUGCAUUUAGAUGUCUUGGAAUCAAUUCAUUGUUUCUUGUCUGCACUUCAUGUAAUCUAACUUAUUCAUGUUCGACAAA